UGCUAGCUGCAGCACAUAUAUAUGCAGUCGUAGAAAGCAGCAGCAGCCGAUUAUAUAUAGCUAGCUACUAGCUCUAACUGAUCGGCCGGCCAUGGGGAAGACGGAGCACAAGAAGAAGCAGCAGCAGCACGGCGGCGAUGAGGCGGCGGCGGCGGCCAAGGAGAGGCUGGAUCGCUUCAAGGCGUGGCUGAUGCAUUUCGACGGCGACGGCGACGAGCAUAUCAGCCGGAGGGAGCUCCGGGACGCCAUCCGCUCCGGCGGCGCCCGGUUCGCCACCGUCCGGGCGUGGGUCAACCUCUACCUCGCCGACAAGAACCGGAACGGCGUCAUCGACGACGGCGAGAUCAAGCACCUCAUGGACCUGACCGAGAAGGACCUCGACCUCAGCAAGCUGCAGCCCACGCCUGCGGCAGCACGGCCGACGGCGACCGGCGCCCCGCCGGCCAUGGUGGUGGUCUCGGCGUGCCAGUUCCAGACGACUCCUCUCGUCUCUCGUACCAUUGACCUACGCAAAUUAACUGCCAAACCAGUACUUUCUAGUACCGCCAAUAAUUAGAUCUCGUUCAGUUUGGAGGGGGUUAAAAAGGAUUAAGAGGGAAUAAUUCCUCACCGGGAUAAUAAACUCUAUUCGAUAUUUCGAUUAAUGCCCAGGCGAGAAGGAUUGAAGAAGAUUCAUUCCACACUAAAUUAUAUGGUGUAGAAUUAUUCCCUCUAUAAUCCACUAGUCAUUUUUUAUCCCUGCCAUCGGUCCUUCUGCUCUACGUGUGCACUCAUUGAGCUCACGAACCAAACAAGCUAACAAACGAAUUGAGUCAAACCAGCUUGUUAUUAUAAUGAGCUAAUCGAUCGAGUCGGACGAUA